AUGGGUCAAGGCUACUCCCUCACGACCCUUUCAGCGGGCUCUGCAGGGAUAGACGUCCCGGAGCUAGCGGAUCUGGUGUAUGAGAGGUCCAUGGGCGGCGGCAGGUUUAUGAAGAGUAUCCGAGCAAGGCAACAGAAUGGGCUUGUGUUCGUCAAGGUGAUAAUGAAGCCAUAUCCAACUAUGGAACUUGAGCCAUAUGUCAAGGCUUUAAUCAGGGAACGAAAACUUUUGUCAGAUGUGCCCAACGCUUUAAGCUAUGAGAGAAUCCUGGAGACCGGAACUAGUGGUUACCUGGUUCGUCAAUUCAUCCAUAGCUCCCUGUACGAUCGCAUCAGCACGCGUCCUUUCGUUGAGGACAUUGAGAAAAAAUGGAUUGCAUUCCAGCUUCUUUGCGCAUUGCGAGACUCUCAUUCAUUGGACGUCUUCCAUGGCGACAUCAAGACUGAGAACGUGCUGGUCACUUCUUGGAAUUGGCUCUAUCUUUCCGACUUUUCUUCUUCGUUCAAACCCACCUUUCUCCCAGAGGACAAUCCUGCUGAUUUCUCAUUUUACUUCGACAUUUCUGGUCGACGAACAUGUUACCUCGCCCCAGAACGCUUCCUUGAGGCGGGAGAGGAGUCCGGCAGUCGCAAGGUGAAUUGGGCAAUGGACAUUUUCAGCGCAGGCUGUGUCAUCGCAGAGCUGUUUCUAGAGGCUCCGAUCUUCACGCUUAGUCAAAUGUACAAAUAUCGCAAGGGUGAAUACAGCCCGGAACACGGUCAUCUUGUGAAGAUUGAGGAUCCGGAAAUCCGAGAGCUGAUCUCACACAUGAUUCAGUUGGAUCCGGAAGCACGUUAUUCUGCCGAGGAGUAUCUCAAUUUCUGGAAGAUCAAGGCCUUCCCAGAGUACUUCUACAGCUUUCUCCACCAGUACAUGUCACUAAUGACAGAUCCAUCCUCCGGCAGAACGAGGGUAGAUGCGGAGACGAACAAUCGUGGCGAGACUGACGAUCGAAUUGAGAGGGUUUUCUUUGACUUCGACAAGAUAUUCUAUUUCCUCGGGAUACCUCCACGAGCGUCCAUGUUUUGUACCACAAGUACAGCUCCAGGGUCUAGGCUCACUGGCAGCUGUCUUCCGGUCAAACUCAACCUACCUAUUGGUGGUAGCGAAGGGGUCCCAUCUACCGAAUCAUCACCACGCUUACGUUCCGACGAGGGUGUUCUCAUAUUUCUGAGUCUUGUCGUAUCCAACUUACGAACCACCUCGAAAGCCUCGGCGCGCAUCAAGGCUUGCGAUAUCAUGUUAGCCUUUGCAGAAAGGUUAUCGGAUGAGGCGAAGCUCGAUCGAGUUCUCCCAUAUGUCAUUAUCUUGCUCACAGACCGCGUUGACACCGUUAAAAUCGCUGCGAUCCGCACGCUGACUCAACUACUAGAGAUGGUUCGGGUCGUCUCGCCGGUCAAUGCUUAUAUUUUUCCGGAAUACAUUUUUCCCAGGCUUCACCACUUCGUCACGUCACCCAAGAGCAAACCAAGCCCCAUUGUCCGUGCCGUGUACGCUUCUUGUAUAGCCUCUCUGGCGCAUUCGUCAUUGCGAUUCUUGAACAUGGUUCAAGCGCUGCGUUCGGACACUCGUUUGACUCAUCUCAUUCCUGCGGGAUUUGAGCCUCGAUGGACCGAGGAUGCGACUUACCAUAAUCUAUACGACGUCGCCCGCAUUGACUUGUUGGAUUACUUUGAGACGCACACCAAGGCGCUCUUGACAGAUGGUGAUCAGUCUGUUCGACGGGCUUUUCUUGGGUCCGUCUCUAGCUUGUGCGUCUUUUUCGGGAACACCAAAGCCAACGAGAUCAUCCUCAGCCACUUAAAUACUUACCUCAACGACCGAGACUGGAUUCUCAAAUGCGCCUUCUUUGAGACCGUCGUGGGUGUCGCCACGUACGUUGGCAGUACAACUUUGGAGCAGUAUAUUCUCCCCCUUAUGCUGCAGUCCUUGACCGAGCCCGAAGAAUUUGUCGUCGAAAAAGUGAUCCGUUCGCUUGCUACUAUGGCUGGCCUCGGUCUCUUUCAAAGGUCAACGAUCUGGGAUCUUCUUCACAUGACCGUGGGCUUUUUGAUGCAUCCUAAUAUGUGGAUCCGUGAGGGCACAGUUCACCUGAUUGCAAACGCAACGAAGUUUUUAUCGGCGGCUGAUAUUUUCUCGAUUCUCACUCCUCUUAUCCGACCCUAUCUCAAGAACAAGGCGAUAAGGAUCUCAGAUGUGGAGCUCCUUGAAGCGCUCAAGCGACCUUUGCCCAGGAACAUCUAUAAAUCGGCGAUGCUCUGGGCCUCGAAGACCGAAAAGGGCAUAUUCUGGAAAUCUGCGAGUAGGGACGCUUUCAGCCUUAUGGAUUCCGGAAGUCAAAGUUUCCGUUUGGGUCAGGUACCGAAUUUGUCAAUGGCUUCUCAAUCAAAGAAUGAUGAAGACGAACAGUGGCUUGCACGACUGCGCAAUCUUGGCUUGACUGUCGAAGAUGAAUUCAAGCUUUUGGCUCUUAGGGAUUACAUCGCUAAAGUGUCUGAGCGGCAAUUCCGAGAUGUCGAGUCGGAAGCUUCAUAUUCGCUAUCUGAGAUUGUCAGCCUUUCGCAGCACGGUGUCACUCCUCAGACUGUCUUCUUUGACCAAAAUUUGAAAGAAAAGUCAAGUAAAGUGUCUCAUCAGAGACACGUAAGUCAAGUACGCCGAUCACUCGACGAGCAAAGACCACGCACCAUUGCGGACGCUCUACUUGAUGCGUCCACCACUAUUGAAAGACCGACUUCCUCACAUCGUAAACCAAUCAAUAUUCGAAGCCAGCUUCGGAAGGAGAUUGACAUGUCAAGUCAGACGCACGCUGCAAUUGGAUCUUUGUCCCCUUCGCCUGUUGCCUCAUCCCCAGCUGCAGCAUCAGGCCAACGCCUCAUGUCUCCGCCAGACUCGGACGCCGAGCAUACUUCUAAGACUCAAGAUCGCAGAUCCAGUUCACCUCAUGACAGCGCGUCAACCACUCCAACAAACACCGACACACUUUCCACAAGGGGACUCCCAAUACAUCGCAAACCCAGUGCUAUUAAUUUAUUGAAUCGCCGUGAGACCGUAAAGGCCUACGCUGAAACCGGUACAAGCUCUGCCAAUGCCGUUGGAAAGAUAGAUGCAUCAGCCCCGAGAGCCGCCCAACAGUCUGCGGGUGUACCCGAUCUAAAGUCAAAUGCGGCGAUGACUGUUCCACGACGGUAUCAUGCGAAUCACUCCUACACCGGAGACGACCCGGUUGUCCUACGACUUCUAGACAACGUCUUUGCGGAGAACUAUCCCACGGAUCUCUUUGACCUUGGCCCCUACGUCAAGGAAAUUGAUGUGCGGCAUUCUAUUCCAAACGCAAAUCCACAGGAUACCAACGCGUUAUGGCGUCCAGAGGGUAGCCUCAUUGCUACCUUUGGGGAGCAUACUGCACCAGUAAAUCGUAUUGCUGUACCUCCGGACCAUGCAUUCUUCGUGACUGCUUCUGAUGAUAGCACUGUCAAAGUUUGGGACUCUGUUCGGCUGGAGCGCAAUCUCACACCACGCUCCAGGCAGACCUAUCGUCAUGCACCCGGGGCACGCGUCAAGGCACUCACCUUCGUCGAAAAUACGUACACUUUCGUCAGCGGUGCCACUGAUGGCAGCAUUCACGCCGUCCGAAUUGACUAUCAAAAAGUAAACGAAACUGCUCGGUACGGCAAGCUUCAGUUGGUCCGAGAAUAUCAGCUUCCCCUCACUGAAGAUGGCAUGCAGGAGUACGCUGUCUGGAUGGAGCAUUACCGUGACGAAGGCACCUCAACACUUAUUAUCGCCACGAACGCCUGUCGAAUCUUGGCGCUAGACAUGAAAACCAUGUUGCCAUUCUACACUUUAGAGAACCCUGUACAUCAUGGAACGCCAACGACGUUCUGCUGUGACCGGCGUCACACUUGGUUAUUGGUUGGGACAACUCAUGGAAUUCUCGACUUGUGGGAUCUCCGUUUCCGUGUCCGGCUGAAAGCUUGGGGUCUACCAGGAUGGGGCUAUAUUCACAGAGUCCAGCUACACCCUCUCAAAUCACGGGGACGCUGGGUCUGUGUAUCAAGCGGCGGGGCUCAUGGUAACGAAAUCACCGUGUGGGAUGUCGAGAAAUUCCGCUGUCGUGAAGUUUAUCAAGCGUCGCCACUCGGUUCCAGUGAGAGUACCACGCCCAACGGGGCAGCGAACAGUGCGCCUCCACCGCCGCAACCUUCUUCUCGAAGCUCACGACCCGCUGCCACGAGUCGAGGAUCACGCCUCGACAUCAAGGACUUCGAGGCGUGGCCUGUAGACGAGGAUCGACCUGAGGGUAUGCUCAAUCGAUUUGCGACUACAGGACCUGCCGGGGCUGGUGUACUGGCUGGAGCUGGGGGCCACAUCGGCUCCUCGUUGCCAGCGAGCGGCAGUGCGGGCGAUCGCAUGGGGACAUUAGCCUUUGUCGGGGGUCUCAAUUCUCCAGACGACGCGAGAGGCGCGAACAGUAACAGCCGACUCGGCUUCAUCGUCUCUGGAGGCAGCGACCGACGUGUUCGAUUUUGGGACCUUGCCAACCCGGCCAAUUCAAUGAUUGUUAGCGGAUUGGAUGCGGUCUCCAGUGGGCCAGUGGCAAGUAAGCCGCAGUACGAAAGCAGCCAGCCAGCAGCCAGUCUCUUCGCGGUGACAGAGCGUAUGCCGAGGACGUCGAUCCAGAGUGAGGGUACCCUUACAUCGAGCUCGAAGAAGGGAGCCAGUCCUCGACCCCCACGCAGCACCGUGAUCAGCCUUCAACAACAGAUGCUGUUGAAGAGCCAUCUUGACAUAAUUCAAGAUGUUGCUGUUCUGCGCCAGCCCCAUGGCAUGAUCGUGAGUGUCGAUCGAGCCGGGAUGGUGUAUGUCUUUAAGUAG